AUGUCCGCCGAGCCGGCGGCAGCGGCAGCAGAGGCAGUGGAGAAGGAGCUGAGCUUUGUGAAUGCAAAAGGCGAGCGGCUAAUGGGUCGACUACUGGAUACCGGCUCAGAAGAUGCUGUCGUGUUGUGCCACGGGUAUGUGGCCAACAUGGGCAUGUGCCGCUUCCCGCUGGUGGCCGCCCAGCUGGCGGCGGCAGGCAUCAGCAGCUUCCGGUUCGACCACGCCUGUGCCAUCUACAGCAAGAGUGAGCGCAAGGGUCCCUUCCGCAUGGGCAACCACGAGGAGGAGUGCCAGGACAUGCGCGCCGCCGUGGACUUUGUGCACAGCCAGGGCAAGCGCGUGGUGUGCCUGCUGGGGCACAGCAAGGGCGGCACCAACUCGGUCAUGUUUGCUUCUCGACACCACGACGUGCCCAAAAUCGUCAACCUGGCGGGGCGGUUCAAGUGCAGGGAGGGAACGCUGCAGCGGUUUGGCGCCGAUAUCCUGGAGCGGCUGGCCAAGGAGAAGGCCAUCCCUCGCAAGGAGCAGUGGGGAGAGUGGGUGAUGACUGAAGAGGAUUUCAUGGGGAGAGUCGGCUUGGACAUGGAGGGCAUGGCGCGCAGCAUCCCUCCCACCGUCUGCAUGCUCUGCCUGCACGGCACGGCCGACACCACGAUCCCCUACCAGGCGCGUGGCGUUGAGCGGGAGUCGGAGCUGUGCGCCUCGGUGGUGCCCAACAGCCGGCUCAUCCUGGUAGAGGGGGCGGACCACAACUUCACGCAGAAGGAGGCAGGGCAGCAGAUGGCGGCACAUGUCGUGGAUUUUGUGCUCAGUUGA